UGUCAACCUUCUACACGGUCUGAACCCUAUUCAAAUCUUGCCUUUUAUUUUUGGCGCCUAUUAAAAUAUUACAACUUGCUACUGCUCCGCGAUCAUUACAAAUGGCAUCGGUUCUGCCUAACGUAUGGCAUCUGCGCCGAGUGGCAGAUACUGCCGCGAAGUCUUGUUCUAUCUGCCACAAGCCUUCUAGUAGUGUUCUGAUCACGCCAAAUAACAAGGAUUUCUUCUAUGUUUGCCCUGUCCAUCUCAAAGACCGCAAUUUCUGCUUGCCCAUUAUUGAUGCGGAAGAGGAAGCGGCAAAGAAAAAGCAGGAGGCUAUGGACCGCGAAAUAGAAAAAUUAAAGAAGGAGUAUGAAGAAAAGCAGCAACGGAAAAGCGAGAGAGAGAAAGACGCGAAGUCCAAAGAUGACUCCAAGGACAAAAAAGACCCCUCCGAGAACAACACUAAGAAAGCAGAUGCCGAGAAUAAGGAUGAAAAGGAAAGAGACGAAAAGAUUGAUGCUAUCAAGAAAGAACAAAGCACACCCUUGUCGGAUGACUCGCCUCGUAUUUUCUCUUUGCAUAAGAACUUUUACCAGAUGCGCAUCGACCGACUGCGUAAUGUCGAGGCUGCCAAGAGGAGCCGUCAACGACUACAGGAUCCCUCGUUCUUCCCGUCUGUUCCGUCCGGGGAUAUUUAAUGUAUCUCAAUGUCUUGGAAUGCCU